AUGGACCCAUCGAAACUUACACCAGAGUAUAUCGAAGAACAGAGACGAUUAAGAAACCUUAGAAAGGAGGCCAAAGCACAAGAGCUCAGAGACCAAGGUAUAGAGCCUGAAGGUGAAGAGAAAGAAAAGCUCUUUAUAGCAAGGCUGUUAGCCCCUAUACAUCACGAAACGAAAGAAGUGAAUGGUUUCCCAAUUAAAAUCAUGACAUAUAACGUCUUAGCCCAAGCAUUGAUCAGAAGGAAGUUGUUUCCUACGAAUGGACCAGCGCUUAAAUGGGGUUAUAGAUCGAGGGCGUUAUUGGCUGAGCUCAAACAUUAUGGUGCAGACAUUAUGUGUUUGCAAGAGUUGGAUUACAUCCAAUACAAUUCUUUCUGGAAGAAGGAAUUUGAAAAGUUAGGCUACAGCUCCAAGUAUUAUAGAUCAAACGUCAAGAACCACGGCUUGGCUAUUGUUUACAGAGAAAACUUCUUUAUUUGCAAACAUCAAAGCUUCAUCAACUACGACUCUGAAAGAACACCGGAAAACGAGCAAGUCCAAUUGCCUAUUCCAAGAACAAUAACCCAGAAUGUGGGCUUCAUGUGCUACCUUGAGUUUCAUCCGUCACUUCUCCAAAAGCAUCCUCAUUUAUCUGAAAAGAAUGGUUUGAUUAUUGGAACCACCCAUUUGUUCUGGCACCCCUUCGGCACCUUUGAAAGAGCAAGACAGACUUACUUAGUCUUAUACAAGUUCAAGGCAUUCAGGGAAACCUUGACCAAAAUCUUGGGCAAUUCCAAAGGCUUCUACAACUUCUUUGCUGGUGACAUGAACAGUCAACCUUUUGAUAGCCCUUACUUGGCAAUUACUUCCAAGCCUGUGACAUUCAAGGGCAGAGCAAGUACGGUCAUCUCAUGUUCUUUAUCUUACCAAUAUUCCAAAAAUAGAGGGACUGUAGAAGGUGCAGAUGAAGACGACGAUGAUGAAGACGAAGAAGGCGGAAAUGUUGAGAAGUUUGGCAAGGAUCAACCAAGGGACCCUGUUCCUGAUCAUUUUGAGCCAACUGAGGACCAACUCAAACUUGCGAAGCAAAUGGAAGACGUACACAAUGCCCUCGAUAUGAGAGCAAUCUCGUUGUAUUCAGUGGGAUACAACAAGGUACAUCCCGAGAACUCCGGAUUAGAUAACGAUAGAAAUGAGCCAAGUUUUUCCAAUUGGGCACAUACUUGGAGAGGAUUACUAGAUUAUAUCUUUGUGGUUUCUUCUUGGGACUUGAAGCAAGAUUUCUCCGAAAGGCCAGACACUUUAGAAGAACUUGAACAGCAAAAUGUCAGAUUGGUAGGCUUGCUUAAAUUACCUUUGCCACAGGAAAUGGGUCCCGAGCCAUCUGGACAGCCGCGUAUUGGCCAAUAUCCAUCUGAUCACCUUUGUUUGAUGGCCGAAGUAGAGUUGAUAUAG